AGUUUUCAACCAUUUCAAGUUCAAUUGGCUGAAUUAUUUGGAAUUGAACCCUUUUUUUAGUCAUAAUUUUAAUUUUUAACCAUCAUUAUUCACUACCAUUGCAAAAGAGAAUAGAGGCAAUUGGACUUUGGAUGGCCCGUAGACCUCUACAAGUCUGUGACAACGAUCGAGAAAACCAUCGUCGGUGGAAGUAAAAACUCGUGCGAAAAGCCCAAGGAGGAAUGCCGCCCCCCUCUUGAAUUCCAUGAUUCUGCUUCUUUAAUCAUCUCUUCCUGAAUGGGUUCCAACCCAAUGUGCUAAAGGGUGAGAUAAUAUAUAUAUAUAGCUUGCGGUUGAGCGUCCUCGCGUUGUUUCAUACCUUUAACUACAAACAAAAGUUUUGGUGAAGCGCAUGCGAUCGGUUUGUCGGAUGUGAAGACAAGGAGUUGAAACUUUGCGCUAGAUUUUUGCCCCAAAACCCGGCAUCUCCAUUUCUAUGAUAUAAAGCGAUCUUAAUUCCCACUUUCACUGUCGCAUCGCAAUCUCAUCGACAGAAUCACAGGAUAGGGCGAAUCAAGCACGUGCCUUGCAGGGUCCCUUCACACUAGUGAUAAUACACUGGAGAACAGGUUCAAUUUCAUAGGUUCUUUUGGCUUUGUGAACCGUAAAAUGGCAGUCACCUCCUACAAAUCCCCCAUCUCUUUCUCUUCUAUAACUUACCAUCACAAGCUUGAUUCUCGAAAUCGCUCUUUCACCCUGCCGAUUCUUCACGCAAAACAGCAAAGAAACUUGGCUCCAAGCACUCUAGUCACUGCUUUGCCUGUUACUGUUUCCAAGAGCUCAACCCCACCAACUACAUCUUUCAAUGAGUUGGUUGAAUCAUUGAUAAAUCGAGUGGACUUAUCAGAGUCUGAGGCUGAAGCUACUCUGGAUUUUUUACUGAAUGAUCCCAGUGAGGCAUUGAUAAGUGCUUUUCUUGUGCUGCUAAGAGCCAAAGGAGAGACAUAUGAAGAAGUUGUGGGAUUAGCAAGGGCAAUGCUCAAGCAUAGUGUGAAGGUAGAAGGGUUGGUUGAUGCGGUUGACAUUGUUGGAACAGGUGGUGAUGGAGCAAAUACGGUGAACAUAUCCACAGGGGCUUCAAUACUUGCUGCAGCUUGUGGUGCGAAAGUUGCAAAGCAAGGAAACAGGUCAAGUUCUUCUGCGUGUGGAAGUGCUGAUGUAUUAGAGGCGUUGGGAGUAGCUAUUGACUUGGAGCCAGAGGGGGUGACGAGGUGCGUGAAUGAAAGUGGAAUUGGAUUUAUGAUGGCUCCAAAAUAUCACCCAGCAAUGAAGAUUGUCAGCCCUGUUAGGAAAACACUAAAAGUGAAAACUGUGUUCAACAUAUUGGGCCCAAUGUUGAAUCCAGCAAGAGUGUCUUUUGCUGUUGUAGGUGUUUACAAGGAUGACUUGGUCCUCAAAAUGGCUAAAGCACUCCAGCAAUUUGGCAUGAAAAGAGCAUUAGUUGUUCACUCAGAGGGCUUAGAUGAAAUGAGCCCCCUUGGACCAGGGUUAAUCCUUGAUGUUACUCCAGAGAAGAUUGAGAAGUUCUCAUUUGAUCCCCUGGAGUUUGGCAUUGCUCGCUGCACUCUAGAAAGCUUGCGAGGUGGAGGUCCAAAGUACAAUGCGGAGGUUCUAAAGCGCGUAUUUUCAGGGGAGAAAGGGCCCAUUGCUGAUGCCCUUGUAUUAAAUGCGGCAGCAGCUUUAUUGGUCAGUGGCAAUGUUAAAACCUUGGGUGAAGGAGUAGCUUUGGCUCGUGAAACACAAGAAUCUGGAAAAGCUCUUGAGAAGCUUGAUUUGUGGAUAGAUAUUUCCAAUGCAAGUAAAACCUGUUUCUAAAGUUAAAAGCUUCAUACUAAUCAUUUUCCUUGGAAGAGAACUUGGAGAUUCAAGGUUUCCUCCCAAGAUCGCUUUCUUUGGUUGGAUUGUGUCCCUUGGUAAAAUUCUCACCAUUGACAAUCUGACUAAACUUGGUCUUAUCAUUAUGGAUUGAUGUUAUUUAUGUAAGAAAAAUGGGGAAAUGGGGAACAUUUAUUGUUACA